GGCACCAAUUUCAAACUCCUUUUCAAUGCUUUUAACUCGAUUCAGUUCAUAAAUCAAAUUAUUUCAUAAUUUUCAAUACCCCAGACAAAGAGUAUUUUUAUACGGUUGAUUCAACCAGGACUUUGGACAACGACAACUGAGGUAUAAGUCAGACCUUACACUCAGUUCUUACAUAUGAAUAUUAACACUAAAAGAACCGAAUGGGAAUUUCCAAGAUGGAUGGAAAAGAAACAAAAAAGAAGGCGAAGGAUUUAGUGACUGAGUUUGCAGAUGAUGCUACUGCCCAUGGUUUUGGACUUAUCAAACGCUCGGGGAACAAAUAUUCCAAAAUCUUAGCAAUUGCCGUUGUAUUAACUUGUGCAACAUUUGCCGUAAAAAAUAUUUGGGAACAGAUAAAACGGUAUUAUGAUUACCAUUACAUUGAUACGAUAUCCAUAGAGGAGAGAGCUAUUGAAAUGCCUUCUGUGUCUAUAUGUACUGCACUACCAUAUCCAAUGACUAUUGUGUUUCAGGAAGAUAUCAUCCUCAGAGCUCCUAGUCUGUAUCGAUAUGCUUCACUCACUUCGUAUGGAUACUUACUUAAAAAUCUUCUUGAAACUUCUGUAUCUGAUUUCAAACUUCAAGACGGAUAUGAUUACAUUUUUGAAAAUGUUUUAUUUUCACAGCAGAUGGGUAAUGCUCAUGUACCAGAUCAAGAAAUGGCUUAUCUAUUCCAUAAUAUAAAUAAUCUGGUUAUUCAGUGCCGAUUUGCAGGUAAACCUUGCAACUCAAGUUUCUUUACUGAAUUUAGACAUCCUAGUUUUGGAAGAUGCUUUACUUUCAAUGGUGCUGGCCUGAAAAUGGACCAGGAUAUGACCAUAAGAAGCACAGAUCCAAAAAGUGGUCUUCAUUUCAAAGUUUUUCUUGAUGGCUAUAAACCUAUACCAUUUCCCAAUGGCAUGUUCUACGAUAACAAAGACCCUUUAGGAGGUAUAGUUGGACUCCAUGUUACCAUUCACCAGCCUGGAUCAGUUCCUUUCCCCAUUGAAGACGGGUUUGAGAUUCCCCCAGGAUAUGCUACAUAUGUAACAUUAAAACGGAAAAAGAGGACACGUCUUGGGAAGCCAUGGAAUUCAUGUGAAGACCAACUAUUCUUGAAUGGGACAGAUUUUGCAUAUACUAAGGCUGGUUGUGUAUCACAAUGCUACCAGGAGAAAAUCAUGCACAUGUGCGGUUGUGUCUCGUAUGACUUUAUAAUUCCAAAAAACAACACAAUGGUUUUCUGUGAACAUUUAGACCUGGAUAAUAUGUUUAAACUGAUUCAACGGCAGUAUGGUUCCAGAAAUCUAGGAAAUAUAUCUAUAUUACUUCAAGACCUAGACAAACUAAAAUGUUUGGUGAAUAUUAAAAAUAUGAGACUACCGUGCACUGAAUGUUUGCCACCUUGUGUUGAAACUGACUACGAACACGUCCAGUCCCAAGCUUAUUGGCCUGGGGAUAUGACACUUGGCUAUUUUGCCAGGUCUAUCUAUGAACGCAGCGAUAUCGACUUGAAUGAAAAUAAUGCUUGGAAAUUCAUUGAAACUCAUAUCAUAAAUUAUACAACUCUAGCAGCGAAAGAAUUUCAAAUAAGUAACAUAACACAAUCAGCUAUGAUGCAUAAAAACUUUGCAUCUUUGAUUGUGUACUUUAAAGAGAUGACAACGGAAGUGACCAAGCAAGAGGCUGAUUAUAAUGUCUCUCAGCUGAUAUGUGAUAUUGGAGGAGCACUUGGAAUUUAUAUAGGAGCAAGCUUAAUAUCUCUCUAUGAACUUGGUAAACUUCUUGUGGAUCUAUGCCACAUUGUUCUUCACAGGAAUAAGAAUCAAGUUGAAGAAAUAAAGACUUAGAAAAUGUUUCAGAGAUAAACAGGUUUCACUGUAAAUAAUUGUACAUUGUGUACAUACAGUAUAUUCUAUUGAUUGUGAUUUUCUGAAACAAGUUGUAAUUUAUUCAUGUUCAUGUACAGCAUUAUUUUUGUUGUAGGAGAAUCAUAGAGACAGAAAAUAAAGUCAUUUAUGAUUCAAUAUAAGUUAUUUAGUGAAUUUAUUUGUGUCCAACUUGAGCAUUCACUAGAUGCCUCAGCUUUAGUCCAGAAUGAAUUACAUGAUUGUUGAAUGUGAUUUAAACACUGAAAUCAUAAUUUCAAAAAAUGCAUACACUCAAAAGGUUUCUUUUCCCUUCCUUUUCCAUAGCAAAAUGGC